AUGACAUACUCUAUUUGGAACGAUUUAUGCCAACAGCCUAUGCCCAUUGCUUCUUCUGGAAAAUACACAAAGCUUGUACAAGAUUCCACUGUUCACCUGCAACAACCCAUUGACUCCAUCAUGUCGACUCUCAAUGACCGCGCCAUUGGGCUGUCAAAGUGUGUCAACUUCAUUGCCGCUCUCCAGGAUGCAAAGCUCAUGCAACACCUGUCGCCUGCCUCAGCACUUGGGUAUUUACGCGAAGCCUCCAUUUACUGUGACCAAGGAAAACAGCAUCAUGUUAUCGAUAUUUGCAACAAAGGACUCAACAUGGCUCUUACAAAGGAUUCAGACUAUGCUAUAUUGCAACAAGCCAAAAACCACGCUGAGGAGUGCCAUGCCACAUGCAUCGACUUUAUCCGCCAACUGCCUCUUGACCUUGUCAUAUCGCUACUCGUCCCUAUGUUUGUGGAGGAUGAUUGUAUGGAUGGAUUGAAACCAAGCCCGGCUUUGUAUGUUUCUUACUUAUGGCGUGAGCGUAUUAUCCAGUCUCUUGGAGGAUUACGUUUCUGGAUUCGAUCAGAAGGAGGCAAGACGCUCGCAGCACUGAUGGAGUUUGCUCCGCAUAUCAAGGUGUUGGCCAUUCAACAAUAUACCAAAGGAACAUGGUUGGGUGAUUUGAUUGGUGACAAUCACUUUUCAUCAUUACUGCAGCUAGACAUUGAGAAAUUCACGAGUAUGUACAUUGGCCGUUUUCUCUCAUCGUUGAAAUCAGUCAGCAGCACCUUGACCCACUUUGAUGUUGAUAUGGAAGGUGGUCCAAUGUUGAGCGUACCGAAGGUUGUACACUACGCUUUACCUCUGCAAAAACCUAUCACUUGUGAUCAUGUCAUCGAGGUUUGGAAACGUUUUCCAUCGCUCGAGGAGUUGGAGCUUUCGCCAUGCACCAAUGUACAACCAGCGCUUGUUGCUCCCGAAUAUUAUCCAGCGAUGACCAGCGUUGGUAUCUUUAUGGAAGGUGCCAGUAUUCGUUUGGUAUAUUUGCAUGAAGAAGUCUACAAGGAGGAGAGCGGCAUGAGUAAGAUUGUUAUCGACACUGAGGAUUUUGGAACGGAUAUAUGCAAGGACACGAGCUCGGUGGUAAAGCGACACCACAACACACUCAAGCACCUUGAAUGGGAUAUGGAUACUAGCCAUGACAUCGAGACCAUUGACAACAUCCAAUUCCCUCGGCUCACAAAGCUUUGUCUCUUUUCUUGUGGAUGGCAGAUAAUACGCAAUGCGCCUAUGCUGGAGGAAUUAGCAUUGACAGUGGGAAUGACCAGCAUGCAUCCUCAAGUUCUUGAUACGAUGCCACCCAACUUGAAGUCGCUUGAUUUGGACCUCAAUUCUCAGCACGCCUAUGAUGAUGAUGAUGACUCGCCCAUCCUAUGCUAUCUUAAUCGUAUUGCUAUCCAAAUGCGGUUGAAGAAAUUGGUGAUUCAUUUCAACAGCUGUAACAACGUCGCCUUUAUUCUUGAUGCUAUCCACCGACAUGAUCACCUCGAAUGCUUAAAGAUCAGGUUUACGGGAGAAUGGGUAUCUAUCCAAUGCAGAGCUUCUUGA